UGAAAAGAUUAAUCCUUACCUAUUUACUCUUAUUGAUGAAGAGUUUAAAUCACUCGCAGAUGAGUAUGGUAAUACAGAAUUGGAAGGUAGAAUGUGUGCCAAUUGCGAGACUACUCUAGCUACUUGCCAAUGUGAAACAUGUAAAUUUAUUCUUUGUGGUGAGUGUUUUGCCUCCAUUCAUGACCAAAAGUUAUUGAGCUCACACAAAAAGGCUGAUCUAAGGCCUGGAAAUUAUAUUCCUAUUAAUGAAAAAUGUAUGAAACAUGGAAAGGAUUUGGAUUUAUUUUGUAUGAACGAUAAUGAGAAAGUUUGCAGUUUAUGUGCCAUAUCUGAAACUCACAAAAAUCAUCAGUGUAUUCCUGUAAACGAGCAUAUUUCACACUUACACGAUGAUUUGAGGGUUCAAGCUGAACAUCUAUUUGCAGAUGAUGAUUCAGCCAUUCAUAAUGAAAUUAGUAAUAUUACCAGUUUUUUACAACAUGCAAAUGAUUACUAUGUACAGUCUAAGAAUUUUAUUGAGGAAAACUUUGGAAAAAUUGAAGCAGCACUAAAAAAGAGAAAGGAAGGCUUGUUGAACACAGCUUUAAAAACUUACAAAAAUCCCAACAUGGAAGAAAAGGUUAAAUUGCUGAAAACAUUCUCCUUCUCUGGUUGGAGAGAUUCUAUUGCACGAUUUUCACGAAAGCUCAAUGAAGAAGACAAGAUUAAUCAAACAUCUAAACGAUUGGAAUUCAUUGAAAAUCAUCUCACCAUUGAUCACAUGUUGAACUCGGGAGAUAUCAUACCUGGUAAUAAUUUGGAAUCUAGUCAAGAAGAUAAUGCUUAUUCCAGAUCUCAAACACCAAUGUUGGAGGAUGGUAUUGUUUCAGAUAUUAUCAAUAUGAUUGAAAUGAUUACGAUAUCAAAAGAUGAACAUGCUCAAAAUCAAGAAAAUAUCAAACAUGAUAAGAAAUUCAAAUCAAUAAUCGGAGACAUGAUGCACCAAAAUGAAAAUUCAAUACGAAAGUCCAUUUCCAUCACUUGUUUGAGCUCUAAAAAACGAUUAGGAUCUACGCAAUAA